AUGGACUAUUCACUAUCUCCCCAAGCCCGGGCGACCAAGUUCUUCAAUGAAGUUGUUACCUCGACCACCCUGCCGGGAGCGACUGAGGACUACCAGGGUCGCGAUGAUCUUGCUUACGCCCUAUCCAAGGUACCCAUGCUCACUCCUCGCAAGGUCAAGGUAAUUGCUGUCGGAGCGGGCUUUGGAGGAGUUGAUCUUGCUCGUGCGGUGCGCGUUGGCAAGCUCCCUGGCGUGGAUCUCACCAUUUAUGAGAAGAAUGCCGGCAUAGGUGGAACCUGGCAUGAAAGUAGAUAUCCUGGAUGCGCCUGCGAUGUUCCAGCUCACAGCUACCAGUAUACUUGGGCACCCAAUCCCCACUGGUCGCAUUUCUACGCGCCCGCACCAGAGAUCAAGCAGUACUUUGAGGACUGCGCUGAUCAACACGACUUGCGCUCAUACUUCAAGCUGUCACACAAAGUGGUUGAGGCCAAGUGGAUUGACGAAAGACAGGUCUGGCAACUUCAUAUCAAAAAGACCGAUGGGCGGGAUGUUGCCAUCUCCAGCCCAGGUAUCACAGACGGAGAAACUAACGACGAUUUUAUUGAUGAAUGCGACGUUUUUGUAAACGCAACUGGCUUUUUCAACAAUUGGAAAUGGCCCCGUGAUGUCCCAGGACGCGAGACUUUCUGUGGCACCAUGUUUCACACUGCCAACUGGCCCUCUGACUGGGAAAAGGAUAUCGAUGGCAAGACUGUUGCUCUGAUCGGUAACGGCAGCAGCGGCAUCCAGGUCCUUCCGGCCAUUCUAGAUAAAGUCAAGAAGAUCUACGUUCACAUCCGCAGUCCAACGUGGAUUACCUCGCGUAUCGGCGAGAAGUUCGCUGGACCAAAGGGCGUCAACUACAAAUUCACUGAGGAAGAGAAGGCUGAGUGGGCCAAACACCCUGAGAAAUAUCUCGAGUUCCGUAAGAGCAUGGAGGACGAUGUCAAUGCGCGCUUCAAGUUUUUCAUGGAUCAUACACCUGAACAGAAGCUGGCGCGCCAAUCAGCCGUUGACAACCUCAAGGCUAAACUCGACUCAAGGCCUGACAUGGCCAAACGUCUAGAGCCAGACUUUGCUGUUGGAUGCCGUCGGCCAACACCCGGAUUGGGAUAUCUGGAAGCCCUUGUAUCGCCCAAGUGCGAGGUAGUAUGGGGAGAUAUCGCCGAGUUCACACCCGAUGGCAUUCUCACAAAAGAUGGGCGCGAGUCAAAGGUAGACUCUAUCAUUUGUGCCACCGGCUUUGAGCUGUCUUAUGCACCUCGCUUCCCCAUCCUCGGAAAAGAUGGCCUCAACCUCCAAAAAGUGUGGCUCAAAGCCCCCGAGUCUUAUCUGUCAGUCUGUGCUGCUGAUAUGCCUAACUACUUUACUAUUCUCGGCCCAGCCAGCCCCCUUGGUCACGGAAGCUUGGUCACGUCCAUCGAGAUGUGCAACCGCUUCAUCGUAAGAAUGAUCAGGAAGCUCCAGACACAAAACUACUCAUCGUUCAGUCUCCGUCCAGGAGUCGCUCGGGCUUAUCAGAAUCAUGCCCUGUCCUACCUCAAGAGGACGGUUUGGGCAUCAGGAUGUACCAGCACGUAUAAGAAUGGAACCAAGGAUGGAGAGCUUCGUUCAUUGCAUCCAGGUUCACGGAUUCAGCUCUUUACACUUCUUGAGGACCCAAGAUACGAGGACUUUGAAUGGAAGAGUUUGUGUGAGGAUAGCGAUCUUGCAUUUGCGUGGCUGGCGAAUGGUUUCACAGCCCUGGAGGAGGAGAGACCUGAGGGAGCUGACCUGACCUGGUUCGUGGACCCAGCGGACAGGGACGCGAAGCCAAUUCAAUUUGAAGCCUCUCACUAUGCCAACGGGAGUGGGUAG